ACGCUACUUGACCUGCUCGGCUCUUUGUCAAUUAGCUUGCAAAUUUAUCACACCAAGUGCAAUGUCAAAGGCACAGCCCAAGAAAAAGGAGUCCUCCUCCAGUAAAGUCUCUUUAUCCGACCGACAGACUGAAGCAGCGUCCCUAGUAGCCACUUCCUCUGAGAGCCUCGGAGGUAUAUGGAGAUGCAGAUUCCCAAUUUGGCCUGAGUGGAAUGACGCAGAAGUCAACAAGGAGAAAUGGGACUCAAGUAAAGGAGCUGAAGAUGGAAAGACCAACAGGAAUCACAAUGCUCCUGUUUUUGAAGAUCCUGAGGGAAAAAUUUCCCUGCCUCCAUCUUUGAAAGUACACUCCUGGAAGCGUCCUACAGAAUUUAUUGUCAACAAGGGUCCCACCGUUGUUGAAAAUCAAAGAACCUUUGACCUAAUCUCCUCCAAUAAUCAUCUGAUUUGCAGUGAGUUGAUGAGGUGGAUCAUGAGUGAGAUCUAUAUUGUUUGGACGCUGCACAACGGCACAUUUACAGAACAAGGUGGCUGGAGACCUUGGGAGCACAUCUACUCGCUGUGUAAGGUGGUGAAAGGUCAUGUGCCGCUCUACAACAACUAUGGGAAGUACUUGGUCAGACUCUACUGGAUGGGUUGUUGGAGGAAGGUAACAGUAGAUGAUUCGAUGCCAUUUGAUGAAGAAAACAACCUGCUUCUUCCUUCCUCCACUUGUCAAUCAGAGCUGUGGCCAAUGUUGUUGGCUAAGGCGCUCAUUAAAGUGGCCAACACAAAUGUAGUGUCAGAGGUCUCCGGGGAGAUGGGCGAGUUCACCUUUAUCCACAUCCUCACCGGCUGGAUCCCGGAAAUCAGUCCUAUCAAGUCUGUACUCCUCAGGAAAACCUGGAAUUUCUUACGAGACAACAUUCCCAUAUUCACACACCCAGAUGAUAGUUUGCUGGAGACGAAGCCUCAGACUGCAGAUCCAGCUGCACGGAGAGAUUUCAACUUUAAUGAUGGCAAGCGUCAGCUGCCAGAGUCAGAGAAAAGUGAAGGUAGCCCUGAAGUAGUGGUGUGCGCUGGCUACUACCCUUUACAGCCACAUAAUUAUUCCUUUGGGUUUGGACAAAUGGCUAAUUCCUCAGAGUUUCUUCGUCAGUGCGGUCUGUCCUUGCUGUACAGCCACAUUGUCCUGUUGACCAGAACCCGGACAGGCCAGCUGCAGGCACCACCCAAACCUCCACCUGUACCUCAAUGGAAACUGAUCCGCCAGCGGAAGAAGACUGUGGUCACGGAUGAACCACAAAAGCUUCUUUUGUCAAAACCAGAGCAGUUCAUUGAGGUUGCCAGCCCUUUUCUCUCCUACCGUGUCAAGAGCGGCAUUGGCCCCAUCCCGGAACUAGAGACCGAGCAGAGCGCUCAGAGGAAACGUUUGUACGGAUCCCCUCUGGUGUCCAUUGCUGAGACAGAGGAGACUGAAUGCAGAGGAGGCCUUGAGCCUGAUGCAGCUGAACGCACCACUAACUCACCCAACAGCACAACAGACAAAAUAGAGGUUACUGCAGAGGACAGGAAGAAGGACAACGAUGAAAUCUCCAAUGAUCGACCCAAAACUGCAUUGGAGGAGCAUGCGACUGAGGAUCCCUCUGCUGCUGUCAGUCCCAACCUGCAGGAGACCUGGGUGGACCUGGAUGACUUUGAUAAAUGCUUUCAAACUCUAUUUAUUUUCCAUAGACCACAAAUCUACCCACAUCAUAUCCACAAAUCUCAUAUUAAGAGCACCGUCUUGCCUAAAACUGCAACAGGCACUAACUGUACUGGAUCACCUACACAUCUUACCACCGGAUCCCUCCAUGUGACAUCUACUGUCGCAAGCCCUGAAACUGCUGAGUCUGCUUGUCAUGCCGGACACUGUCCGGAGGUGAGAGGCACUCAGUACCUGUGUGUGGACAGCCUGCAACCUCCCCAGAUCCUCAUCAGCUUCUCUGCUCUGCUUCUGUGGGGAGAAACGGCUGAGGAGAAAAAAGAAAUGUCAGCAGCAUGUCGGCCUGCAGUUCUCAUCGCCCAGCCCUACUCCUGGAAAAGCCUGCAGUCUCAGCUGCCAGUUCUCACCAUCAAGACCACCUCCUCAAAGGCAGCCAUGCUUAACUUACCCCCAGGUCGCCAUGUGUUGUCCUUCCACUCAAAGGCAGCACUGGGCUACCACAUCCAUCUGUGCAGCAAGACACCUUUCAUCUUUGGGGAUGAAGAAACAGUCAUGUCACACCUUACUAAGGAAAGUGCUCGUUUCACCGAGCAGGCCUCAUCCAUCUUCAGGGCGCUGUCUGGAGUGGUGACUUCCUUUAGCGAUGAGCAGGAACAGCAAGUAGCCAGAAGAAACCUCGAAGAGGCUCACUGCCCCCAAAACAUCAACACUGCCCUGGGGAAAGGGGAGCACAGCAAGGUGUUUAACGCCGCAGUUUACCACAUGCUGUGUGAGGCUCUGGGCAGGGAGCUGACAGCAGAGGAGAGGUUUGCUGCACUGGCCCUCACAGCUGACCCCUCAUUUUUGGCCACUGAACCUAAAGAUCACUCCUCUAUGCUGGAUGCAGAAUCAAACCCUCCCGAAAGCUGGAGAGACAGGGAGCCGACAGACAGGGAGGUGAAGGCAGUCACCGUUCUGCAGGCUGGUUUUAAAGGGCACCUGGUGCGAGAGACCUUCAAUGCCUCAAAACCAGGCACAAAGGAGAACCUCAGUGCAUCGAAGAUCCUUUUAGACAUGUGGCCAAAAGUUGAAUCGGAUGCAGAAAAACAUGCUGCCCUCCUGCUAUGUUAUAUCAUUGACCACUCUGGGACAAAAGAAGAGCUCUACCGCUGUCAGCAGGAUGAAUGGACCAGAAUCACCUUCGCUGAUUAUUCCGUCUCUCUUCAAGACACAGCCAACUCCUGGGUCUUGGUCUUUAGAGAGGUGUUCCUGGUUCCUAAGGAGAUGCUGCUGCUACCAAAGGUAUACUCCCCGAUCCCUAACUGUCUGCUGCACGUCAUAAAUAACGACACAGGCGAGGAGCUGGACAUGGUUUUCAACAAAGUAGCAACACAUGUCUAUCAACCCAACAAGCUUGGUUAUACCUUUGUAGCAGAGGCUGUCACACCUGAAUCACCCCCUGUUGGUGCCAAGUGGAGGAUGCGCUUGAUUGGCUCGAGGGAACUCCUUCCAAAACUGUGCCAUGAAAACCCCCUCAACACGUUCUCAGUGAAGGAAUUCAAGGAUUAUUACAUACCCAAUGAAAAAAACCUCAUAUGUCGUUACCUUGUGCAGGUGACGGCAGACGUCCUGGGAACAAUUCAGUUUCAGACUUCCAAGACAGAUGUGUUUAUCCGUCUGUCCAUUCUGGACCAGGAGAAGGAGGUGGCAGGCAACACUGGGAAGGGCCAUGUAGUAAUUCCUGUGUUCUGCUUCCUGGCAAACAAAGCCCCCAGCUGCACUGAUGACAAGAACCAGAGCCAGAAGAGAAGCCCCACCCAGGGCAAGGGAGUCAAAGUGUUAGACGCUCCCCAGAAAAGAGACAAGGACGACGGCACAGCUGGGAAAUCAGACUCCUCGUCUGACCAGCACCCGCCUCCCACAGAGACAAUGGGUCAUAAGUAUGUGGUGCAGGCAGAGGUGCUUCAUAAGAGCUGGGAUUUGGAUGAAUCUCAGCUGGCUUUUAUUGGUUUGCUCAGAGACUUGGAGAAGAAUGAAAUGAGAGUACACAAGCCUGAAGACUUAAACCCUUCAUCUACCGCCGACCAUCAUGGGCCCAAAUCUGACACACCCAAAGCCAACAAGGAGAAGGGGAAGCCAGCUGCCCAUUCUAAAUCUAGCUCCAAGCAGGAAGUGAGCCUUGACCUGACAAAAGCGAACUGGACUCUGCGUGUGGUCAGUGACAAGAGCAAAACUGAGAGCAUAGAGGUGAUGAAGGACACAGAGAGAACGGACCAGAUUAAAGCCAUUAAAAGAGCCUGGGAAAUGGCUGAACCAGGUCGCUGUGCCAAGGCUUUCCAGUCUCGUCUCAAGUUUUGUAACCAACUUCAACAUCAAGCGGGUGAUGAGAAAACUACAGAUGAAUCAGAAAGUAGAGAGCAAGAUGAUUCCAGAUCUGGUCCUGAUGCCUCUCUCAGUCCAUCUGCUCAAAAGCUGACUGAUACCUCGUGCUCCUUCUCUUCCAUGGACUACACUCCCUUCAUCAGGCGGCAAAAGGAUUUUCCAUUGCUGAUGGACUCACUGUUGGAGGAGAUCCAGCAGAGGGAGCGCUUAGAAAAGAUCCAGACUUACCGGUUGGUCCGAGACAAUGUGCUGGAGCAUCAGAUACAGCAGGAGCUCAACAGGAAGGAGCUAAUGAGACACCAGCAGCAGAUGUAUGUGAACAUGCAGGCAGCCUUGUGGGAGCGCCGUCAGAAAUUCCUCGACGCUUGCGAGGCAUUUAGUAGCCGUCAGAUGGCGGCCGUGAAAAAGGAACAAGAAGAGACGCAAGCUCUGGAGGAGGCCCAGCAGGCAGUUCUAGAAAAAACAGCCCCCACCUCUGCUGCCACCCAGCAGCCCAACAAACGUGCCAAGAGUGCUGGCAAGAAGAAAUGAUGGUCAUUGGCACUGAGUUCCAGUCUCAGUUCUCCUCAGCAGACACCUCUCAACAAGUCUGCCUGAACACUAAAGAAUCUCCAUUUAAUCACAACAUCACAGCAUGCACACGAUGAUAUAAUACCUGACGAUUGAACCGGAUUCAGAGCUAUUGCCUUUUAUGCCUUAUAAAACAAAGGCUUUUAAAAAGUUAUGUUAGUAGUAAGUGUUGUGUUGUGUU